UAAUAUUAUAUCAAUAGUCUAUAUAAAUAUUACCAAAUAUAUAUUCAUCAUAAUAUAACUACCUAUAUCUAUAUUUAUUUAUACAUUAUAGAGAAAGUUUACCAAAUUAAUGUAUAGGUAAUAGGUAUACAGUAUACAGGGCAGUAUACUUAUGGUGAUCAUUUUGCAAUCAACUUAUUUUGUUAGUUUAAAACCAUUUUAUUAUUUAAAUUUAUAAAUAAUAUAGUUGUUUUUUAUUAGAAGGAAUUCAAACUAUUUUAAUAAAAAUUCAUUCUGAACUACUUGCUAAUCGUAUGAUGAGUGAACGAUUGUGGAAUCAGAUGAAUAGCUUGAAAAAUGAAUUUGCCAAUAUUAAACAUCAGAUAGCACCGGGUUUAAAAUUUUCAAAUAAUUCUAAUGACAUAGAAUUUUUAAACCAAUUUCCUUUUCAUACAGAAGAAAGUGUUAUAGCUUGUGAAAAAUUAUUACAAACAGACAAUGAUAUCAAAGAAAAAUUUAAACAUUUUCUUCACUCGAUUGGUGGUGUGGAUGCCAAAAGCCAUAUUCGAAGAAUUCUAAAUAAACUAUUUAGUAACAAAUUCGCAAUAAAUUGUUCAUGGACUGGUAGAGCAUUUGAAAAAAAUAUGUCCAAGUAUAAAAUUCAAAAUUUACAAAUAAUUGCAGUGAUGAAAUGUGUUAUAAAAAAUGAUCACCAGCUAUAUUCAGAAUCUAGCUUUGAAAAUGAUGUCCAAUCAUGGUUUAGAACUGCAAAAACAAGAUUCGACAGAGAACAGUAAUCUUUUUUAAUGAGGCGAUAUAAAUUAUUAGCUUAUUAAUUUUUAAACUAGGUUUAUAUACAUAAUAUUUCAAC